GACUUUUCGGGUGGUGUUUUGGCAAUUUUUCUCCGCGAGGAGAAGAAAAAUGGCACAAAACCUUGUAAAAGCAAAACCCACUCGCUACUAAUCGACGCCAUUGGCGAGGGCGCUCGAGCGCGGCAGCACCACGCAUCACGCGGUAGCCUGCUGCCUCCCCUCCCCCUCCUCCUCGCCGCCCCAAGAGGCCCAGAGCCACCACCAGAUGGCAUCGCUUCUUGUUCUUCUGUAGAGGCCCGAGCGAGAGAGGGGCCGCGAUUUGACCAAGAUUUUGGUUGCCGGCCCGUGGCUGCGUCUGGUCUUGAGAGGCGGCUCUGCGGAUGGCGGCGGUGGCGGGGGGAUCGCCCGUGGCUGCGCCGGCGGAGUCCGCUGCUGUGGCGGCGGCAAAGGAGGCGGAAUACAAGACGGGCGUGCAGAAGCUGGUGGACCUGCUGUCCAAGCUGAACCCGGCCGCCAAGGAGUUCAUCCCCUCGUCGGCGGCAGUCUCGUCGCCGUCCAGGAAGGUGCUCUCGGCGGACGCGCCGGUGUUCGAUUACUGCUCGAUCGGAGGCGGGAACGGGGGCGGCAAGGAAUCCGGCGCCGACGCUUACCAGCAGCGUCGGAGGAGGAAUGGGUACAUCAGUCAAGGAAGGAGGAGGAUAACUGAUAGAGCAAGACAUGCAGACAGGGAAGACAGCAUUCGCCGAACUGUUUAUGUCUCUGAUAUUGACCAUACUGUGACAGAGGAGAGACUUGCUGAUAUAUUUGCUAACUGCGGGCAAGUUGUUGACUGCAGAAUCUGUGGUGAUCCACACUCAGUUUUAAGGUUUGCAUUCAUUGAGUUUGGUGACGAAGAGGGUGCAAGAGCUGCACUUAACCUUGGUGGCACGAUGCUUGGUUUCUACCCUGUUAGAGUCUUACCUUCAAAGACGGCUAUCUUGCCUGUGAAUCCAAAAUUCCUUCCCAGGACAGAGGAUGAGAAGGAAAUGGUCAUAAGAACUGUUUAUUGUACAAAUAUAGAUAAGAAGGUUACUCAAUUAGAUGUAAAGAAUUUCUUUGAAGAACUUUGUGGUGAGGUCUCUCGUUUGAGACUUCUAGGGGAUAAUGUACAUUCUACAAGGAUUGCUUUUGUUGAGUUUGUCCAUGCCGAGUGUGCCAUCAUGGCUCUGAAUUGCAGUGGAAUGAUUUUGGGUACACUGCCUGUCAGGGUGAGCCCUUCGAAGACACCGGUGAAGCCACGUUUAAAUCGGGUGGCAUCGAACUGACUAAAUGAGCCAAGCUGGAUUGUUCACGGGAAGACUGCUUAACCAUCACCUAUAGCCUUCCGCGAUCCAGCGAAUUAUGAUGCUUUGCCUUACAGCUGUGUUUUUGCCUUCACCCCCUUAGAAGAAAAAAAAACUGCUGGAAGGAACUGGUUAAACCAGAUCCAUGAGUUAGCAUCUAUUUCUGAAGAGCUCAUUCAUCAUUAUGGAACAAUCAAUAGACUA